AUGGCUCUUCCUACUAAGAGAUUAGCAUUUCAGCUUCCUAAUCAUAUAAGACAUGCGACAGCGGCAGCUGCUGAAUGGUCCAAGCCGCUAAGAAAACUUGAUGAAGAAUGUGCGAAAGGUCUUCAAGAAUAUAAAGAUAUGGGCUGGUGGCAUACCACUGUUCAAGUGAAGGAUAUGAAGGGAGCAGACUUGAUACCAACAAAAGGAAAAAAUAUGAUAAACAUGUUGAGCAACUCUUACCUCAUGUUGAAUGGACAUCCAAGGAUUUUUAGUGCAAUCAGAAAGGCAUUAGAUACUCAUAGUACUAUCUCUACUGGUGGUUCUGGAAAAUUGAUUGGAUUGGAUAUACACCGCGAAACUGAAGCUGAAAUUGCCAGAUAUCAUGGUACUGAAGAUGCUGUACUAUAUAAUAGCUUAUAUCUUGGUAAUACGUUUAUAGUUGCGGUUGCAACAAAGGAUGAUCUAAUCAUUAGUGAUGCCAAUAACCAUGCAAGUAUUAUUAUGGGAGUAAGAUUAUCUCCGGCUAAAAAAUUGGUCUAUAAGACACUUGAUAUGAAAGAUUUAGAAGCCAAGCUUAUAGAAGGCCAAAAAUUCAAUCCUCGAAGAACGUUCAUCUUUACAGAUGGCAUAUUUUCCAUGGAGGGCACCAUAGUCGAUAUAAUGUAA